UCGAAGUUAAAUAUGUAUUGGGGGGUAACCAACUGUAUGCAAAUAAGCUUGCGAAAUUAUCCUCCUAAGUAAACGACUUAAUUGGCAAGCUCUCUUCGGAAGUUUAAAAGCCCUAUUUUGAUUUCGCAUGAAAUUUGAGGUUGGAGAUAGGAUUUUAAAACUGUGAAAUUUGGAGCUUCGCAUAAAAAAUUAUAUGCGUUUCCUGUCUAGAAAUUCGCAUCAUUCACAAACUUGGCAAAUUUAUGAGACGACACCUGGACAAGAAAUUCAGUUUGAUGGGGAAGACGAUUAUCCCGAUUUCAAGUACCCAACGACCCCUCUUCCAAGUCCAGUUGGCGAAGAGGCCCCCACAAUCCCACCAAAUAUAGAACCAGAUAAUGAAAACGAUGGGGGCCUUAAAGUUGUCAAUGGGCCGAUAAUUACUGGAAAUCAGUCGUGUCAAUGUGGGACAUCCGCCAGGACGAAAAUCGUUGGGGGGGAAGCCGUCCCCAUUUCCGAACUGCCAUGGACGGCCGCAUUGGUUCGAAAGAAGGAAAAUGCGACCCAAAUUAAGGGCCCGUAUUGUGGGGGGACUUUGGUCAACACGAGAUACGUGGUCACUGCAAGUCAUUGUGUUGACGCCUUUAAAGCAGAGAAAAUCCAGGUUUGGCUAAACGAGGAAGAUUUCCGCGUGGAGGAUGAAACCUUGACUGGCACUUUGCGGAUUGACGUCGAGGAAAUAAUCAUGCACCAGGAUUAUGAUCGAAAUAAGAUUAAAAACGAUAUUGCUUUGCUGAAACUUGCACAACCUGUCGACAUUGUGAACACUAUUAGACCAGUUUGCCUUCCGGCUGAUGGUUCGGAAAGUUAUGAUAAUGAGAAGGCAAUCGUGGCGGGAUGGGGUGCAACUGAACAGGGUGGAAGCGUUUCUUCUACCCUGCAAAAAGUGGUGGUGCCCAUCAUUCCCAAUAAAGUGUGCAAUUGGAGGACUCUAUAUUUAGGACAAAUUACAGACACCCAGAUCUGUGCAGGAGAGCUGAGUUCCGGUGGAAAAGAUAGUUGUCAGGGGGAUUCGGGCGGACCUCUCGUCCUAAACAGGGGAGAAAACGGACAGAAGUUGUUGGUCGGAGUGGUCUCGUUCGGAUUUGGAUGUGCACGUCCAUUCGCGCCUGGAGUUUACACCCGUGUUUCAAAAUAUCCAGAAUGGAUCGUGGAAAACAGUGUGGACGCGGAUUACUGCUCGUCAUAAUUUAAUUUCAUGUUCUCGUUUCACAGAAAUAAAAUAUUUAUUACGCGAGAUAAUUAUUAAAGCGAUUAAGUAACACCCAAAUUUUUAGUUAGACUUGUAUGUAAGACCGUAGACAAUAAAUGUUACGCACCUUAGCUAAGAAUA